UAAGAUCUUUGGUGAUAUUUUUCCAAUUUAUUCUCUCUUCAACAAAUUCUCACUGCCUGCAAUGACUAAAUGAAGGUAUCAUAGAAAUCUGCUCUGCUUGCAUCAAGUAGUUUAGAAAACCUGUUUUAUUUAUUUUACAUUUAGUCCAUACAAUAAAGGUUUCCAUAGAACUGAUUCAACACAAGUACUUAAAUCCUGCGAAUAAAAUUACCAAUUAAUUAUAUUCAAACAGUAUGGCAAAAACCAAUUAUUAGCCCACAUUGAAACAAUGAUCAUGAUUUGUGUUCUUAUUGAAAAACUUUGGUACCACAUUAAAUAAUUGCAAUACAUAAGGCUGAUAACUGUAAUCUUUUUUAACAUUUAGUAAGAGAACACACUUAAACUACACCUACAAUGAUUAUUAAAACUGAAUCAAUAAAAAACAAAGUUGUAAAAAGAUUUGUAGAGCAUGUAGUUUAUUUAUUAAUUGUUUUUAUUUUGAUACCGCUAUUCUUUUAUUUUGAGUUGUGUAUAGUCUUGCCUGCCGUUUGUGAUGUGUGGUCACCAUCUUAUUUUUUUCAUUUAGUGUGUGCCACAUUUUUACUGCAUAAUAUUGUAGGUAAUCUUGUGUAUGGUAUGUUUACUAAUACUACUAUUAAAGGUCGGUUUCUGGAUAGCCAUGGUUACAACAACUGGACUUUAUGUGCAGCAUGUGAAUGUAGACGCCCCCCACGAGCGUGGCAUUGCAAUAUUUGUAAUAUAUGUAUAUUGAAAAGAGAUCAUCAUUGCACAUUUUUUGCUUGCUGCGUGGGCUAUUACAAUCACAGAUACUUUAUUAUGUUUACAUUUUACAUAUUUGUAUCUAUGCUUUAUGCAUUUUAUUUUAACGUUCAGUUUUUAGCACAAUUUUUAACAUGGAACCAUGGUUUAGCUCUAGUGAAAUUUGUAUUUCCCCUUGCUAGUUUUGUUAUUGACUUUGGAAAGGACAGUUUAUAUGUUUUUUUGGUUGUAAUAAAUGUUAUUGUAGCGGGUUUUACAGGUUUUCUUUUCAUCUUUCAUUUUAAUAAUAUUUUAAAGGGCAGAAUUGUGCCCGAAAUGAAACAUCCUAAAGAUAAUCAAUAUGAUAAAGGAUGGAAAGAAAAUUUAGUAGAGGUUUUUGGCACUAAAUGGUAUUUUACAUGGAUUUCACCUUUUGUACAAAGCUUAUUACCAGGUAAUGGCAUUGAAUGGGUUAAUGGCGAAAAGUUCGAAUAAAACGACACUAAAACAAUCGUUGUGUUUCCAUCUAUUACUUAGUUUCAUUCUCAUUUCGUAGUGUGUUACUUAAUAACAAUUCAGCCUUUUUAGUAUAGCUAGAAACACAACAUUUGGUGCUAGAAAUUUAAUACAUAGUAGGUACUUAUCUAAUCACAUUUUCCUUCCAACAGGUUGCUCUGUUAGAAUUAGCUAAAAUGUAUUUAAAGUAAUAGAAAAUACUCAUUCCAAUGUACCUACCUUUCGACGCAUUUAUUCUCAAGAGAAAUGUUACUUAAUGUGUUUUGUGUAUAUAUAAUAUCCUAUUUAUACGCGAAUAGUUUUCAGUUUAUCGGUGCCACUAGGUACAAAAUGCAAAAAUGUUUGUACUGAAAAUUUGUAUUCAUAGAUUUAUUAAUAUGUGCUCUGUGCAUCGAUUGUUAUCAGACAGUAAGUACUUACUUAGGUACCUAUUUUAUCUUAAAUAACAUUAGGACUGACAACCAUACAGGGUCUUGGUAGUUUGGUUUCCAAAAUUAUUGUCUAUAUUUUCAAUUAGGUAAAUAAAAAUUUGUACUUCAUUUAUAUCACUUUUAUUUUUAAUAUGACAUAAUUUUGUAUUAAAGAUUAAUAAGUCACUAGCACAUAAUCACAUUAAAAUGUAUUUUUCUUUAAAUUAUUUGAGAUCAUGUAGUCGUCAGAAAUUUUAUGAAAAUAUUGUUAUUGACGGUAACUGGGCAAUGAUCGUGAAUUACACAAAUUAUAAAACGUUUAUUCAUAAAGCUGUACGAUCUACAUAAUGCAGUUGUCGCUGAAGAAAUACCAUCAAUAUGAGGCUCUAAUAGUUAAGAAGAGGAGUGUCCAAAUGAGCUACUAGUCACUAGGAAAAACUGGUUGGUUCUCAUUCAACUUGUCAAAUUAAAAUCUCUUUACAUGCACUUUAACACCUCCAUGUCCGAGAUUGUUCAAGACUGUGUCAAAAUAUAAUGUGUUGUUUUUAGUCUCUAUGUAUGUUAUUGA